GAUGGCUUUUGGUUGAAACACAGAGCGGCAGAGACGGCGAGAGCUCUGUCCUUUGUUGUCCCCUUUUUCCUGCUUAGUGGGCAUCUCUCUUUUCCCCCCUUCUUUUCGACGAUCCUUACUUGAACUGGGAAGUUGCAGAACAUGGCGAGCAUGAUGGAUGAGGGCCCUAAAGAGGACGUUCUGUUCAUGGAGUUGCCUGCUCCUCCUGGUUGGAACUAAAAGUGACGCUUAUCAUUAUUGAUCAUCGCACCCAAGGCCCAAGAACAAUUGGAGUUACUGCACAGCCGUCGCCAUCUCAGGUCAAAAUGGAGGCGAUCGCCAAUGGUAGCUCAUCCCAAACCUUCCUAAUUGACGAGCAAAGCGCAUGGGUUAUUGGGUAAAUGCUCAUGAUGUCAAUUCCAUUCUAUUCAAUGCUGACCAAAGUGGAUGGAAGAAAGGUUCUCAGUUGUAGCAUCAAGUGGUUGUGGAGGAAAGAGAGGGAGAGAUUCCAUCAAAACCCACAUCCCAAACUUUAAACCCAGAAAGUAAAAACCCCAUUUCACCUCCAUUUUCGACCUCUAUCCAAGAUAAUCCACAGAGUUCGCUGUAGAUACAGUUCAGAGAGUAAUUGGGGGGGAAUCUUUUGGGUUAUGGCAUGCCUAAGGAUGAAGAAGAAGAAGCAGAGCGUUACAGAUUUUGAGUUUGGGAUUGAUUUGGUUCAUUCAAUCACACCAAUUAGCGAGCCUUGAUUCAACAGAUUUAACUCAUUUCUUCUUGUUCUUCUGCUUGUGUUCGUGGAAAUGAUGAUCAACGCGCGCUUAUACUUCUUUCUGCACUCGAUUCCCUUGUUGUUUAUUUUCUCCUUUCCGCCUGCUUCGUUAACAAUAGAAGCAUUCACUGGGACUUAUGGAAUAAACUAUGGACGAAUAGCAAAUAACAUCCCUUCACCUGAUAAAGUAGUGACUCUUCUUAGAGCUGCUAAGAUAAAGAAUGUUAGGAUUUAUGAUGCUGAUCACAGUGUUCUCAAGGCCUUCAGUGGGACAGGGCUAGAGCUUGUCAUUAGCAUUCCAAAUGAAUAUCUGAAAGAUAUGAGUGCAAAUGAAAAUCAUGCCUUGAACUGGGUUAAACAAAACGUGCAGCCCUUCCUUCCAGAGACCCUUAUUCGUGGGAUUGCUAUAGGUAAUGAAGUUUUGGGAGGGAGUGAUUUUGAGUUAUGGACAGUAUUGUUGGGUGCAGCCAAAAAUGUUCAUAAUGCUCUAAAGAAGCUCGGUUUAGAUGAUGGAAUUCAGAUCACUACAGCACAUUCCCAAGCCGUGUUUUCUAAUUCUUUUCCACCCUCCUCGUGUAAAUUCAGAGAAAAUGUUGCUCAGUAUAUGAAGCCUCUAUUGCAGUUCUUCUCACAGAUUGGCUCUCCUUUCUGUUUAAAUGCAUACCCAUUUCUGGCCUACAUGAGUGACCCUGAAAAUAUUGAUAUCAAUUAUGCUCUUUUUCUAUCGACGAAAGGGAUCGACGAUCCUAAAACUCGCCUGCAUUACGAUAACAUGCUCGAUGCUCAGAUCGAUGCAGCUUACGCCGCGCUGGAAGAUGCUGGAUAUAAAGAUAUGGAAGUCAUAGUUACAGAAACAGGAUGGGCUUCACGUGGAGAUGACAAUGAAGAAGCAGCUACAGUAGGUAAUGCAAGGACUUACAAUUUUAACUUGAGGAAACGGCUUGCCAAGAAGAAAGGAACCCCUCUUAGGCCAAAACAUGUGGUGAAGGCUUAUAUCUUUGCACUGUUUAAUGAGAAUUUGAAGUGGGGGCCGACUUCUGAGAGAAACUAUGGGCUUUUCAAGCCUGAUGGGAGCAUUGCUUAUGAUAUUGGCUUUCAAGGGCUUCAAUCUUCAUCUGCUUACGCAUUACUUUCAACUAUUAAGGAACAUGGAGGUAGAGGUUCUUAUGAGCACCACAUCUCAGUAGCAAUAAUAUCAGCUCUAACUCUAUUUCUGUUCUUGCAAUGAUGGGUUUUAUAAGCAAAAACUACCAAAUACCAUUGAUUCUCCCAGCCGACAUUCAAACGUUUCCAUGCAGAGCAUAAAUUAUACAGUUCAUGGAUUCUUGUUUUCAUGAAUGUACACUACAAAUUUGCUGAUAUAUUUUUUUUAAAUCGUUCAUAGCCAAAUGUAUAUUGUGAAUUAUUAAAGAACCAAGGCUAUCAUUAGCUUUGUUAUAGAGAAUAAAGUUUAAAUAUGUUUCGUGUU